AUGAUCAGCCAGCCCAGGAGGGCACGGCCGCGGCACAGGCGUGAGAGCUACGAUGAGAAGUGUGAGCGGCGGCACGAGACGCGGGAGAACCUGCGGCGGCGAAACAACCUGACGACCUGUCGCCACCUCGGGAGGGGAGCGGAGGAGCCGUCACAGAGCCCUCGGCAAAGGGAGUUCCUCAGGAGGAGGAACCUGGAGAGCGAUGCUGGGAGGACACUGCCAGGACAGGAGCCCAAAGCACAUCUGAGACCACCUGCCCUGCUCCAGCACCCCUGGAGCUGCCCCACGUUCCCCCCUGCACAUUCCCAGCUCAGCCUCAGCAUCCCCCUCGGCAUUUCAGCAGAAGCUGUCCCUGGGCGAGGUGCCUCAGUCAACACCCAAGGAACCCAGACCCUUACAAAUCCGAGCACAGGACUGAAAGACUCGAGCCAGCAGACAGAUUGUGGAGUAGCAGUUUUGAAUAAGGAAAUGGUGCAGCUGUCCAACUACCUGAAGGAGGCCCUGCACCGUGAGCUGCUGCUCAAGCAGAAGAUGGUGAUUCUGCAGGAACUUUUCUCCACAUUGCUGCAAGCGUCAGAAAAAUCCUGGCAGGGUCAGCUGAAUGAAGAUAAACUGAAGUGUAAACUAAGGGCACUUGAAAAUCAGCUGCAGGCCUGCACCCAGAGUUACUCAAAGGAGUGUGUGAAGAAGAUCUUGAUAGAGAUGGAGGACCAGAAACAGACCUAUGAGCAAAAGGCAAAAGAGUCUCUUCAGAAGAUGCUGGAGGAUAAGCUCCAAACAGAGCAGCAGCUGCAAAACUCUCAGAGAAGCCUGGCAGUGACAAGAGAGGACCUUGCCUUCUGGAAAGAGCACUACACCACACUCAAAACCGAACUGAGCAAGAUGACCACAGCACACGCCGAGCUCGAGAACGGCUUCCAGGUGUUGCAAAGCGAACUGCAGCGAGUGGACAGGCAGAAGGAGCAGCUCCACCAGGCCCUGUGCAGCCUGCGGAGCGAGCACACGGCACUCCACCAGCGAGCCAGUGCCUUGCAGGAGGACAACGACCUGAAGGCUGAGCACAUCCGUGCCAUGGAAGAUAAAUUGCAAAAAGAACAAAAUCAGAAGAUAACACUGGAGGCAACAAUCAGCCAUUUGCACAACUUGAUACAGAACCAGAGUAACCAACAGAAGAGCCAGGAGACAAGGGUGCAAAGGAAAGACCAGGUGUUCACCACGCAGACCCCACCUCUCACUCCUGUCCAGGAAAAACAAAGCCCUCUGUUAGAGCACCCCGAGGAGGAGGGAGAAGAAAAUCUGAAGGAUGAGAUGCAGAAAAGGACAUGCCAGCUUACAGCAAAGGAGAACGAGGUACACAUGGGCGUACCGGUAGCAGAAGAGAAAAUCCCCCAUUGCUGCAGUGUCGGUGCAGGGGUGAAGCGCUGCAGCCGCUGCGGGAGCCCUGCCAGUCUGGGUGCGUACAAAAGCGAGGGGAUCCCUCCUGCUAACGGCCCCUCACUCUGCUUGCAGUGCACGGAGCUGCGCUCGGAGCUGGAGGCCCUGAGCGAGGAGUACCGCUCCUGCCUGACCAGGCUGCGCCAGUGCCGGGACGAGCUCAACCACUUCCACAGCAAGCAGGCAAAGAGACCGCGCGUUCACUGGAUGCCUCUCCUGGUGGCAGCGAUAGCAAUGGCCAUAGCCACCUUCUUUGCAAGUUACAGACCAUGA